AUCUUAGAUUAUUAUUAGAUUUUCUUGUUCAGGAAGCAAAACAAUGAAAUGCUGCGAAUGAAAUGAUAGACAAAGAAACAUCAGAGAGAAAGAAAUGGGAUCAUUUAGAAGGCGGCAGCCAACUGCUUGAAGUUGAUGGGGGUCACAAAAGGUUGGCCGCCAUUGUAGAGGUCCGAAGCAGCAAGCUUUGAUGCAGCCUGUGAAGGGUGGAACAUGUCCCAGAACAGCAUCUCGUCCCGGUUCGUGCAAACGUUGGCAUCAGGUGUGCAGAAGAAAUCCGCAUUCAGCUUCCCAAGUCCGCAGCAAGCUGU